GCCGCUCGAGCGCCGGCAGCCGCUCUCUCCAGGUCGUUUAUGAGCAGCCACGGCCCCGCGUUGGCCCGGGCCGGCCCCCGCUGCCUGCGGAGCCGCUCGCUGCGCUUGUAACGACGGCGGCUGCGCCACGGCGGGCGGGCUGCGCGGCGGCACCGAGCGGCGCGGCGGCGUCGUCUCCCGGCCGCGUCUUUCCGCGCCGCAGGCGAGUGGGCGGUGCGGGGCCUCUGCCGGGAGCAGAUGGGGUGGCGGAGUGCGGGGUGCCGUCGCGCCGGGAGGACCCCGCGGACGAGCACCUGACGCGGCUGGCGACGGCUCGGCUGCGAGCGGGCAGCCCUGACAUGGCGAAAGCUCCGCGCCCAGCUGGCCCACGCCGAUUCAGUGGAGCUCAGUGGCACAUGCAGAAUGUCCUCAAAGACUCAGUGGAGAGUUCUGAUGAUGAAUUCUUCGAUGCGCGAGAAGAGAUGGUGGAAGGAAAAAAUGCCAUUCUCAUAGGCAUGAGCCAGUGGAACUCAAAUGACCUUGUUGAGCAGAUAGAAACAAUUGGGAAACUCGAAGAAAAUCAAGGUGAAUUAUAUAGAGCCUCUUCAAGAAAACAAAGGUUCCCAGAACAAGGCAGUAUCGAAAUACACGAGGACAGUGAGGAAGGAGUUCAACACCAGAACUGCAAAACUCAUGUGCUAAUUUUGAUCCUCCAUGGGGGGAGCAUCUUAGACACUGGAGGUGGGGACCACAGCAGCAAGCUGGCAGACAUCAACACCUUCAGUUCUGUGUUUGAGAAAGUGACCCAAGCCCAUUUCCCUGCUGCUUUGGGCCACAUCUUAAUCAGACUUGUUCCCUGCCCAGCAAUCUGUUCAGCAGCUUUCUCUCUUGUUUCCAACCUAAAUCCCUACAGCUAUGAUGAGAGCUGUCUCAGCAGCAGUGAAGACCACAUCCCACUGGCUGCCUUGCCCUUGCUGGCUGUUUCAUCCCCUCAGUACCAGGAUGCAGUUGCCAUGGUGAUCAGUAGAGCCAAUCAAGUUUACAAUGAAUUUCUCAAAUCUACAGAUGGGGCUGGUUUUAAUGGACAGGUGUGUCUCAUUGGUGACUGCAUUGGAGGAAUUUUGGGCUUUGAUGCCGUCUGCUAUAAUUCUAAUACAGCUGAUGGGAGUCGGAACAGUAGCAGGAGAGGAAGCAUCAGCAGCAUCCAGGAUAAUCCCCUCUUAGCAGAGGACUCCAGUCUGGGUGGCAGCAAACGCCUGAGCAAAAGCAAUAUUGACAUCUCGGGAAUCAUGGAGGAUGAGAAGCCAAGGCAGCCACUGCCUCGGAAGCAGAGUGACUCAUCCACCUAUGACUGUGAUACUAUAACCCAACAUCAUGCUUUCCUGUCUAGCAUCCACUCAAGUGUGUUGAAAGAAGGUGCAGACUUUCCUCCUGUGAAUUCCAGUCUCUCAGAAGUAAACCUGGGCCGAUUUGAAUUUGAGGUGUCUGAUUUCUUCCUCUUUGGAUCGCCACUUGGUUUGGUGCUGGCCAUGAGGAGUACUGUUCUGCCUGGCCUGGAUGUAUGCCAGGUCCGUCCAGCCUGCAGCCAAGUGUACAGUUUCUUUCACUCUGCUGAUCCCUCUGCCUGCAGACUUGAGCCAUUGCUGGAGAAAAGAUUCCAUCUCCUUCCUCCAUUCAGCGUCCCACGGUACCAGAGAUACCCACUGGGGGAUGGAAGAUCUCACCAGUUAGGUGAUGCUAUCCACAGCCACAGUGCUCUGUUCCUUGAGAACAGCUCUUUGAACAUACCUUUCUCUCAGGAGAGUCCUGGAUCUCCAAACGCAUCUGAUCAGCCACAAGGAAAACCAAGGAAGUUGAGCUUGGCCAGCACAAACAGUGAAAACUCAGGGUCAACAGAAAGCUUGCCGUCAGCAUACCUCACCAACAUUACUGCAAAGUGGUGGGGAACAAAACGAAUAGAUUAUGCCUUGUAUUGUCCAGAUGUGCUGACAGCCUUUCCAACUGUGGCCCUGCCGCAUCUCUUCCAUGCCAGCUACUGGGAAUCGACAGAUGUUGUAGCCUUCAUCUUAAGACAGGUGAUGAGGUAUGAAAAUGUAAAUUUGAAGGAAAAUGACAACCUGGAUCCGGCAACACUGAGUCCAUCCAAUCCACGAGAAAAAUGGCUACGCAAAAGGACACAUGUCAAAUUGAGAAAUGUGACUGCUAAUCACCGAGCUAAUGAUGUCAUUGCAGCAGAAGAUGGCCCUCAGGUACUAGUCGGGCGCUUUAUGUAUGGACCUUUGGACAUGGUGGCUUUAACAGGUGAAAAGGUUGAUAUCUUCAUAAUGACUGAGCCAUCUUCGGGUAGGUGGGUGUACUUUGACACAGAGAUAUCCAACAGCAGUGGCCGGAUAUCCUACAACAUACCCAAACAAAAGAGACUGAGAGUUGGUGUGUAUCCCAUCAAAAUGGUGGUCAGAGGGGACCAGAGCAGUGCUGCAAGUUACCUGACUGUGCUUCCCCAAGGAAUGGAAUGUGUUGUGUUUAGCAUUGAUGGUUCAUUUGCAGCAAGUGUUUCAAUUAUGGGAAGUGACCCCAAAGUCAGACCUGGGGCCGUUGAUGUUGUCAGGCAUUGGCAGGACCUGGGAUAUCUGAUUAUCUAUAUUACUGGCCGUCCAGAUAUGCAAAAACAGCGUGUGGUUUCAUGGUUGUCUCAACACAACUUCCCACAAGGGAUGAUCUUCUUCUCAGAUGGACUUGUUCAUGACCCACUGCGACAAAAGACCAUUUUUCUCCGGAAUCUCAUGCAAGAGUGCCACAUCAAAAUCUGUGCCGCAUACGGUUCCAUGAAGGAUAUUUCUGUGUACAAUGUUUUGGCUCUGUCACCAUCCCAGAUCUACAUAGUUGGACGAUCAACAAAGAAAUACCAGGCGCAGUGUCAAUUCCUCAGUGAAGGUUAUGCAGCCCACUUGGCCUCGCUGGAGUUCAGUCUCCAUUCACGACCCAAAAAGAACAACUCUCGGAUGAUCUUGAGAAAAGGCAGCUUUGGCCUCCACUCCCAGCCUGAGUUUUUGCGCAAGAGAAACCAUCUCCGCAGGACUAUGUCUGUCCAGCAACCUGACCCACCUUCUUCGAACCCCAAGCCAGAGCGUGCCCAGAGCCAGCCUGAAUCAGACAAAGAUCAUGACAGGCAUUUGCCCUCCGUUGCUUGGGUUCGAAGUGGAGUUCAAAAAUUUGAAUCUGUCCCCUAGGGAGCUUUGGAAUACAGGUCCUGGGUGCACCCCAUUAAACUUGUAGGCAUGCCUCAAAGAUAAUAUUUAGGCAGCUUCAGACUAAGAGAUGUAGAGGGGAACUUGUACCUCGGAGUCUUCGCUGCUUUGGAGUCUGCCUUCUUACACCAACUGGGGAACUUCCAGUCUGUUCCUCUUGACAUGUUUGUUGGGAAAUUUUAAAAUGGUCUAUAACUAUUGCAAGUGCUUAUACCAUCAAGGAAACAGGAAAUACCUUAGGGGUUUUUUUUAGAACAGAUAUAACAAAAUGUGCAAUAAGAGAAAAAGCUGUAACAGGCUGAUUUUACUCAGAAGUAGGAUUGUGAUAUCAGCUAACUAGCUGCACACAAAAUGGUAUACACAGUAGGUCCCAUGGGUUUACAGAGAAGGUUUACACUUUAAACAUUAAAUAGUUGUAUCUGUUUCCACUUCACUCUCAAUAAAGCGAUACGCUUGCAAGGGAAGCAGAGUUGGGAACUACAAUAAUGGGUGGUCAGGAUUUGUACAGCAAGAUGCUUUUUGGGUGCCUUAAACCCAAGAUUUCCUUUCAGCUUACAGUGUUGGUCAACAGACCUCAACACGGGCACUCGUGUUUGUGUGAAGUGCUGGACGUCAAGUAAACAGGAGAACUCCACUUAUGAACCAAAUCAUAAAAGCUUCAUGUUAGAAAUAAAUGUCUGCCACAGUUUGAAGCAGUUAGUGUUGCUGUAUACAAAGUAACGUGCAAGUGUACAAAGAUCACAUUGUUUUGUGGAACUUGGUGACUGUGCAAAAUGUGUGGACUACUCGAGUAAGGAGAUGGCUCUGACUAUCUCAGUCCAAGAUGGAUCCUAAGAUGGUAAGCUAAAGGGAGCCCUUUUACUAAGGGAUCUGCAAACUUCAGAGCAAUUCAUUUUUUUCAUCACUCUAACUAGAAUUUUGCACUGGAGGAGAAAAAAAGUAAUGGAAUUCCUAUGGGUAAAUAGUUAACCUUCUCAUGCUUUAUAGCAACUGUGUUAAGACAAUCUGUAGCAUUUAGAAUUGACAGUAUUUGAGCUUCAAAGAAUGGACGUGCCAAAUUGGAGGUGCCAAAUAGAUGUUUUCCUACUGAUUUAAAUUUCUCUUGGAUCUCUCAAUGAACUCGCUAGAAGUAAAAUGUGUGAAAUUUCCCGAAGUGGUAAUAUUUCUGAAGUAGUGUGGUUGGCUUAAGAUAGUAGCAGUUUGCAGAUUCUUCAUGCAGGAACUUCCACUGCACUAAAUUCACCAAGAGAACUUUCAUGACUGAACCGAGGCAUGUUUUAAAACCUGCAAUGAAGUUGCAACUGCACAUAAACCCCUCUUUCUUUAAAAGUUAAAACCAGACUAUGGACACUGAGAAAGCUUCAGGUCAAUAGAUUUCUUUUCCAGGUUGGUUGGUUGGAUUGUUUUUAAUUUCAGGGAGUUGGCGUGGAGAGGGUGUCAUGCUUCCCCACGUUACUUUCAGGUUUUCCUAGUGUGUAGCUAGACCAGAAACAGUCUCUUGACAAAUCUGUUGGUUCAUGUUUUUGAAAGUUGGCGUGUAAAGCAAACAAGAAAUGCAAAGGAAAACUACUACGACAGUGCAGAAGUAAACCCAAGUCUGUACUCUGUAUGCACUGGAGUUACAGUGUGCUUUUGAAGAGCAUAGUAAUAUGACUUUUGCCUUAAAAGGCAGCAAAGUAGCUUAUAAAUGGAGAUCUUUGAUUUAGUUUUUUAAAUGUUACUUGGCAAGAUUGUCAGUUACCUAUUUCAAACUUCCUGAAAGAUCUGGCACAUCAGUAAUUUGGUUUUUUUCAUAAUGCUUCCUUUAAGGGAAGGGGUAAUCUUUGCUGAAGAUUUAGGAAAGAUAAUAAAAGUUUGGUGGUUCAUACUAAUCAGGAGCAGGUGACUACUUUACAGGAGGCUGGGGUUUUAUGCUGGGUUGCCAAGUCAGCCAGCCACAAAAGCGAAGUGAAAGAUACCGACAGACUACUUUGAAGCAGUCUUCAGGUUUACAAAUGCUUUCCCAGUAAUUUCACAGUUCUUUAACACAUAGGCUUGGAGGAAUUAUUCUGUGUUCUGUCUUGGCCCACUGUGUGUAUUAAUUCUAAUCACAAAGUCCGUUUCUUCUCCUGUCCUCUGCAGGUAGGAGGAGGUUGCACAAGUACACCAGACUCCGUCUCCCUCUAGUCCUGUUCACUGUUAGCAUGUUCCUGCUUGUUACUUUUAAAUAGGCGUGGGAAGCCUAUAAGUAGGCUUGUGAGGGAGGAACUCACUAGGCAAAUUUAAAAUUUGCUGAGGUGGCCUAAAAGCAACAUUGAUUGAUCACAAAGGUCUUUUAAGCACUGGGUGCUGUGUAGCACGUCUCCUGACAGUAAUCACAAUUCCAGCUGCAAAGUUCAAAGCUAAUGUUGCUUUAGCCAUUUACCUCUAUUAUCCAGGAGACUCCAAAAUCUAUUUUUUGUUUUAAUUGCUGUAGUAGAAAUACUUCCUUUCAAAAGAGGGAUCUGUGUGUAAUUCUCUGACUGUAUUAAAGGAACUAGCACCUGAGCACAAGGUUAGAGAAAUCUACGUUGUUAAGGUCUGUCGUUUACUCUUGCAGACACAAUGUCAUUUUGCAGGGUACCAUGUCAUGAAAACUCUGAUUUUGUAUAUUUCUAUUAAUAACCGGGUCACCUUUAAAGUAGUCACUCUGUUGGCUUCUCUUAAUAUUAUGAACUAAUAGUAGUAAAACAAAUGCGUGUGUGUGUGUGUGCAUGAUUUAGAGUGGUAACAAUUUCAAAGUUUCUACACAUGGUAUUGAAAUCAAGCUGAAAAUAUUUUCCCUGACUUUUAUUUCCUACAAUAUAUGAGAGCUUCUGUGGCGUUUGCAUAAUUCCAACACUACUUAUUGCUCAGGGAUAGAAUGGUUUAUCUCCUGAUCACGUGCCUCCAGCUGAGCACUUUGGCAAACAGUGACACAGGCAUUAGCUUGGAGGUUAAGGCUUCAUGUUAAUUAGGAGUAGAUCUUCUGAAACAUCAGAUUCCAGAUGCGUUUGUUUUGAAAGCCCUAGCCAGUUUCCACUGAAGUGGUAAAACAACUUCUGUUGGAGCUGGGAAUAUGAACCAGGCAAGCGUGAGUGUGAUUUUAGACAUCUCAACUAGGUUGGCAGUUCAAGAAAUAUUCUGUGGCAAUAGCUGGGGACCUCAGGCACGUUGCACCACUGUCUUCCCACCCCUGCCCUGCCCCAGCUAUGUUUGGGUGAUCCCUGAGGUUUGUCUGAUGAAUCAAUCACUGGGUUUAUAGCAUAUUUUUUUUCAGUUGUAUUUUCUCUUAAAUCAUUUCCUUCUGGUCAGAAUUUUAGUUAUACACUUUGUCCACAGGAAACUGCAUGCGGUGUUCAUGGGCAUUCAGUUUGCAACUGGAUUUCAGUUUUACUUGUGCUUUCAUGGAAGGAUUAUCAGUCUUCCUAAGUAAGCCGUUUGCUGAGGAUAAGCCUGAUCCUACAGUCUUCUUACUGCAGGUCCUCAUUGCUGCAGUCUCUGUGCAGUCAGCACUUAAAACUUUUUAGGCUGUGGAAGUGUUAAAGCAUACACAGAUGGGAAAAGGGACAGAGAACUCAGGUGGGAAUGGUGGGUGCCCGAGGAACAUGGGUUAGACUUAGUUCUAGCAGCUUUAGUGCCUCCAGUCUGUUACAGAAAAGCAUGUUCUUUUGACGUGCUAAAUGGAGUAAGCAUAAGUGAAAUCGUAAAACACAAACCCUUAUUCCAGCAGGUGCUAAGGCAGGAGAACAAGUCAGUGCAAAGUAGGCUACAGUUGGAAGCAUUUACUUCUUUGUCCUGUUGAUACAGAUCCAGUUUUAAAUUACUGUAAAAAAUGGAUGUGAUCAAUAGCAGUGGUAGACUUACCUGAGAUAUUGUGAAAACACAUCUUCACAACUGUGGUGUUUUGGUUUUGGGUGUGUGUUUCUGUGUGUGUGUGUGUAGCUACUGGAAGACAUCUUACGCUUUGGUGCUGCUUUCACAGCAAAUUUGUAACCAAUAUAUUUUUAAAAAAAAAAAAAAAACAAAAAACAAAACGAAAAACAAGAUGGCUGUUUAUUCAAUUUUGUUGUCUAGUUAGGUAAGUUUGAAAAAAGAUAUCAUUGUAUAAAGAGUGCAGAAUAUUCCACAGACCUGAAUAGUGAUGUUGAUCCAAAUCUGCUUAUUUUAAAUAUUUUUUUUAAAAAAAAAAAAAAGUGUUUGCAUACACUAGUGCUCUUGGAACAGGUUCUUGCUUGACCAAAGUACUCCUGUUUAGUUUGUGGCAUGGUUUAUAUCUGUUUGGCAUAAAAUUUUGUUAGCUGUAAAAAUGACAGGGCAUCGAUAAUUCUUGUUUGUUGGGAUUCAUGAGAACUGCCAUUUUGAUUUGUUUACAUGAAAAUAGUCUUAAUUCUUACAGAUUACUUCACCUGUUCCUCUAGUACCUAGGGAAGUCACUUCUAAACAGAGUUAAAACCUUCAGUGGUUAUGCAGAAGGGGAAUUACCAGUAAACCAGAGGGAAAAAAAGUCACACUUUACUAUUAAAAUAAGCAGAACAUUGACACUUUAUGUGGAAGCUCCACCGUUUGGCAAAAUAGCCUUUGUUUGCCAUUAUUAGUGGACAAGUUGUCCCAUUUACACAUUGCAGUCUUCAGGCCAGGGCACUGCUACUGGGUACAUUUAAGUAAAUCCCCACUACUUAGAUCUAUAGUAUCAUCAUGUACUUCGUGGAAUAAAUUAGAAGAGAAAAAAAAAAUUUCCUUCUUUCUACAUUGUUUCCUGUCUUAAAUUUGCAAAAAAAAUUUUGCUUAUAUGCAUUUUUGAUAAUACCUGAAAUCAAUAGAUAUUUUCAGUUUUAAAAAUUUUAAGUGCAACAGUUGUUACUGAACAAACUGGAUUUUCCCCAGGUUUUCAUCCUCCUCUUGCAUCUAAGCAACAGAAAGGAGUAUACAUCAUAAAAGUACUGGAUGAUUGGAGUAUUAGCACCUUUUUAAUAAGCGAAUUGGCUUAAUAAUGGAGAGAUUGUACACUGCAAUUUCAUGAUUUUUCUGAUUAGAGCUUGAAAUACGGAAUUUGAACUCAAGAUUUCUGCAUUGAAUUGUUCAAUUCAGGCAUGCAGGGAAGAAGGUGGCACAUUCCAUCCUCAUCUGGAGCUGGUACAGGAUAUUUUUCCUAUAAACACAAAACUUUCCAACUUGCCUCCUCAGCUUCUCUAAGAGCAGUGAUUCCUCGUGGUCUGUGUUCAUAGCUUCAGCAGAAACUGUGGGUUUAACAAGGUAAUUUGACUUCCAUGAUGUUUAAGCACUCAAGUGUAAGUAUAGGUUACUACAGAUGAUCCUAAAAUCAGUCCCCCAUUAAAUAAAAUGGAGGUAAUAACACGUUUUUCUGGAUGAAAAGAGUUUUGUUUUGUUUUCAGAAAUAAGAAAUGGCCCAGAACAGCUAGAAUCCUGUGCCAUGGACUGUGGAACUGAGGUCAGGAGGGGUUAUUUCCUCUUUCCCUCAUUUUAGUUCAAGCCCAAGUUAAGGGGAUUACAGUUUACCCUCUAUCUCUGUUUAUCUUGAUAAGCUACCUUUGAAACCAGAUACAGUUGUGGGGGACAGUGAAACAAAUUUGACAGUUCAUUUCUCGUUUGUAAGGAUGUACAGAACAUGGUGGGAGAGGAC